AUGCAGACUCAUGUGGACAGCAGGGCUGGUCAGCAGCUGCUGAGGACAAGGAGCCACUGGAAGACGUCCCUCAGACCAGCUGCUGGCCAGGACCCUGGUGCCGUGAUGCUGCGGGGCGCGUGGCUGCUAGUGCUGAGCCUGGGUCUGGGCCUGGCCAGGGCACAGGAGACUCUGGAAGAUGUGCCAGCGCAGCCGGGCUUUGAUGCACACAAGGUGGAGGGACGCUGGCUCACCGUCCAGCUGGCCAGCAGCCGCACAGACCUGAUGCUGCCCACCGAUCCUCUGAAGCUGUCCCUCGACUCCAUUCGAGCCAGUGAGAAUGGGGACGUGGAAUUCCUGUUGUUCUGGAAAGGAAAGGGGCUGUGCACAGGACUAACCACCACUGUGCGCCCGACGGGGCGGCCGGGCCAGUACCGCGGCACUGUGCCGGGAGGCAGCCUGCACGUCUCCUUCGUCAGCACCGACUACGAGUACCUCAUCCUUUACGCGCGUUUGGAGGACGGUGAGGCCACCAGCCUGUGGGCGCUGCUGGCAAGGACCCUGCCUGUGGACCCCAAGUGGCUGGGUCAGUACCUGGGGUACGUGGAGAAAUUCCACCUGCAGGAAGCCCCGGUCUCCAACGCGGAUGGUAAGUGCUGCCCCCCUCCCCCCCCCCCCCGGCGCCCUACGCUGGCCAGGACAAGGGUCCCGCAAACCAAGUGCACCAAGGCCCCCGGUCUGGCCAUGACUGGAACACCCCCCAGGCCCAUGAGCAGGGUGUGCAGCCCCCCGCCGCUCCAGCUUCAGGAGCAGAGCACUGUGUCCCCCGUGCUCACUCAGGGCUGA